AUGGCUAUGAAUGAAUUUCGCCAAAGGAAGCAGGAACAAAUAGAAUUUCAAGAAAUUAGAUGGAUGAAAUGGAAGGAAGAACAGGAGAAGGCGAAAGAGCGAGCUAGCGAACUUCGACGUUUCUGGCUGAAGAAGAAAGAAGAUCAGCGAACUGCUCAAAGAGAGAAGGAUUUCCAAGAUGCUGUUGAAAAAAUACGGCGUGCCGGGUAUCGUGGAAAGUUCGGAGAGUACGAAGUACCAGUGGAAGUUCGUAUGAAACUGGAUGCGCUGAAGCUUCAAGCGGAAAUCGGAGAUCACAUCGAGUCUGAAAAACAACCAUGUGUUGAUGAAUGGAAAAAGCUUCUUGGAAUGAAUAAAACCGACAGUCAACGAGCAUACAUCAAGUUGGCUAACAAGGUUUUGACUAAGUAUGGCUGGAAUCCGCCCACCACAUGGACAUAA